UCGAAUCGCACAAGAUUCAAGUUUCGAGGCAUUGACGAAUUAAUUUUCGACGAUUAUCAAAUUCUUCCUAAAAUAGUUGUGACCCCCAUAAACCAUUCUCGUCAGUCGCGGAUCCAUUUCUAUUCUUCGACGAACAAGCAUUUCCACACUCCGUCAGGAGCCAUCCACCGUUGUCAGCCUUGCGUGGUUGUGCUCGGGCGAGCAGUGAAGAAGGUUCGAACCCCUGGGCCUUUUCUACUCCCAAAGUCCUCUUCAGGUGCUAUGAUUUGUGAAGAAUUGGCUACUGUACUUGACUCCAAUGGAGUCUGCUGUUAGAGAUGCAAAGAUUUCCUGCACGCUAGGUGAUCGAUCCACCAGUGACUUAGUUGUGAGGUUACGCACACAGGAUGGUCGAGAUGAUUGGCUUUACUGCCACACAAAAAUUCUUACAGAAAAAUGUACAUAUUUUAAUGACAGGCUGUCUGAGAACUGGCCAACGUGUCAAAUCAUCGAUUCACGCAGUUGUGUUGAGGUCUUCUGUCAGGAAUCAGAUUUUGAUUACCAUGUGAAUCUUAUACGCCUUCUCUAUGUUGUCAUAGAUGGUUCUGUUGAUGACCUGUGGCAUGGUGUUAGAAAUGCCCUUGGCAUUCUCCAGGUGGCAGUUGAGCUUGGAUGCCCUGAAAUCAUUACUGCUUGUGUCAGCUACAUAGAAGCAGUUGCAUGGGAAGAGUCUGAGGAGGAGGAGAUUUUAAAAAUUGUACCUCGACUGGGAUUACAGGCUGAGCCUAUCCUAGCUAGACUUCAACCAGUCAACCAGUCAGCAAUUGUAAGCAUUUUUAUCUCAGCCAUUCACUUUGCUACAUCAUCUCCUCCACCAUCAUUGAAUGAUCUUAAAUCUUCAGCUCAGGAGCAACUAGAAUACAUGCUAACUGAAGAUGAUGAUGCCCCUUUAUUGACAGCUGAUGACAACAUAAAAUAUGAGGUGAAAGAAUGUGUAAAGAAACUUUUUGCCAGGUUUAACAAUUCAUUGGCAAUUUUGUUGUGUGAUUCCACAGAGUCACUUUCUGAGGCAAGGAAUAUUCAGUUUUUCCAAUCCUAUUUGACCGAUUUAUCAUGGGCUUGUCAGAUAUUGAAUAAGUUGGAAAUAAUGAGGGAAUUUGUGGAGAGUUGGUUUGAUGCAUCCGAAAAGAUAGUGAAGGUGCUUGAGCUAGGGAUUUUAGCAACUGAAAUCAUUGAGAUAAAGUUGCGAGCCAUAGAAGUGACAUCAAGGGUUCUAGAGGCGAUUGGUUAUGGAACUGUAAUAUUGCCAACUGCCAAACGCCUUGAGAUUGUGAAAGUGUGGCUUCCGUUUGUGAGGAUUACUAAACCUAUGAUUGAUUCUGUAACAAGGAAUAGUGAUAAUGCUCUGGCGCUCAAAUUUGAUGGUGAACUGUGGCAGUCCCUUGAAUCGACUUUUGUUUCUAUCGUUCUGGCAUUGCCUUCAGGGGACCAAGCUGAGGUUUUAACUGAAUGGUUAGCAAACGACUAUGUUCGGUAUCCGGACCUGACAGAAGCUUUUGAAGUAUGGUGUUACAGAUCCAAGGUUGCAAAGAGAAGGCUAUCGUUGCUGGGAGAUGAGCAUGGUGCAAGCAACUCGCAGUUUGAUCCAGGACGACUUCUCCAGUGAAGGCAUUUAGAGGAGAAUGUUAUCCUGUCUUUGCCCCAGAGCGGUAAUUUCUGAGGCAUCUCAUAUUUAUUGUAGUUCCAAGUGCUAACUGUAUAGAGUGUAAUUCUUGGAAAGAAUGAUGUGCCAAAGUAAGCUUGGCCUUGAUGUAUAAUUUACCUUUUCAGAUCAUGCUACUUGCGUGAGUUAAGAAGUGAGUAUGUAUUCGGCUCCAGAAGUCAGAGACCUUAUCUUGUGAACGAGUUAACUAGUGUCUUUGUAGGUCUUUUUUGUUUGUUUGAAAAGAGUAUCUGUAGUGGAAAAACCAUACAUGAACUGUACAAGUUAAGAAGACAUCUCUCUAUGAGGAAAUACAUCAACAGGCUUACUGAACU